AUGAAUAGAGAAGGAAUUAGUGGACCUGGUGGUGCAAUUAUAACGCACGACAGUGUGAGUACUGGGAGUAGUUCCAAUUCGAAGAAUAACGGUGGCAACAAUAACAAUAGCAAUAUACCUAAUGGAAACUCCAGUAUGGGUGACGAUAUAAUGGUACUAAGUAGGAUAAAUGACAUAGAGCGAAGAAUGAUGAUGUUUGAGAACAUGUUUCACGCGUUGAGCGGGCGAUUGGAUCAUCAUUUCAAGAAGUAUGACGUUCUAGUGUCCUCGCAACAACAACAAAUAAGUGAACUGAAUGCAGUGAUAACAACACUACUGAAUGAUCAGUAUAGACAUGCUGAGUUUGUCAGAGAUAAGCUAUCACACUCUCUACAUGGCAUAUCUUCAACAUCUAUUUCAUUGAAUGGUAUUUCGAAUCAGAACAAUGAUAAUAGAUCCAAUGGAUUUGCAAAUAAUAAUUCAAGUGGUGUGGCCUCGGGUAGCUCCAAUGGAGUUAAUAGCCAAGGAAAUACCAAUAAUAAUAGCAAUAGAAGUAGCUCUACUAGUCAUCUCAACAACCCCAACAUGUUAGGAAACAACAGUAGUGGCACAGGCAAUAAUCACAAUAAUAAUUCAGUUGGAGCUAGUAACUCUAACCAGAGUGUCACUCACACAAUACUAGACGAUAUUCUUAAUGAGCACGACUUGCAAGACAAGAAAUAUUCCGGAAAUCGUAAUCCUGGUGAUAUGAAUUCUAGGAAUGAUGUCAAUGACAAGUCACAACAAAGUCCUAGGGACCCUAUGUCUUUGAAAAAGACGAAAUUUAUUCACCAUAGGCAAUACAAUGAUGUUACAGAUGGCGACUCGGUGAUACCGUAUACAAACCCAUAUGUCGAUCAAAGUGGACAUCAACAGAAUAAUCUAACCUCUAAUAUUCUUUUCAAUGAUAGUACAUCAGGUCAAAAUGCCGGCAACCAAGGUACUCAACAGGCCACUCAGAAUAGAGAGGAAGGUAUGCCAUCAUCCCCUGGCCGUAAAUCAUACUCUUCAAAAAGAGGACCUAAGAAAAAGAAAGUGAUGUAUCACAAGCCAUUUCAAUUUAUAAAAUCUCCUCAUUCGGUUAUGGAGAUUUGGAAGGAGUAUACUGAAGGUAUUGAUGGGCAACCUUCCAUUAGGGAAAUGGAAUCAUUAUACUCAACAGGUUGGAGACGCGAUGCAGCUGUAAACAAAAGAUACUCUAGGAGAAAGGUUUUGUGGAAAGCAAUCGAAACUGGUCUUUCCAGAGGCUAUACAUUGGAUUACAUUAUUGACUUGUUGGAAAAUUAUAGAAUUAUUGAUCCAGAAAAGAAUACAAAGCAACCUAUUGGUUGGCUUUGUCAAGUUAACAACAUUCCAGACCUCUUAAAAUAA